AAAGUAGUGCGUGUAGCACACGGUCCACGAUCCCGAUGGACGAGGAGAUGAAGAGCGAGACGGUGGCGGAGGUGGCAUCAGCCGGGGCUGCGACCGAGGAGAAACGCUUUGAGAUUAAGAAGUGGAACGCCGUUGCCCUCUGGUCGUGGGACAUUGUUGUGGACAACUGCGCAAUUUGUCGCAACCACAUUAUGGAUCUGUGCAUUGAAUGCCAGGCUAAUCAAGCGUCAGCCACCAGUGAGGAGUGUACGGUGGCCUGGGGUGUCUGCAACCACGCCUUCCACUUCCACUGCAUUUCUCGGUGGCUUAAGACUCGCCAGGUAUGCCCGCUGGACAACCGCGAGUGGGAAUUCCAGAAGUACGGCAGAUAAGAGGAGGCAAAGCUGCUUCGAGAUGCGGCAUGACACGUAAUGGCCAUCUGCUGCAGAAGCACAUGUUGGUGUGGAGCUGACUACGCAUUUGCUGUCUACACCAAAGCUAUGAGAGAGAGAGAGAGUAGUGACCUUCCAACCAAGUGGAUACACAUGUAGCCACUAACUGAAAUGUAACCACUGCGCACUCGUAGUAUCGUUUGAAAUUGUUCCA